GAGAUUUACCUGUAGUCAUGCUUAUGGUGGUUGGCGGAGGGACAGGACAUGGGGAGUUCGUACGGACGGUGGUCUAAUCUGCUGGUCUGGACACUGUUACACCUGGUCAAAUGUAUACCCCAGGCUUGCCCCAAUAUAAAUCCAUUACCGAUGAAUCUACCUGUCGGACUGGCUGAUUAUUGUGAGAGAACAUUACACAACCUGAAUUGUAGCGUGGGGCCAAGGAAAAAUAUUGAGAAAGAUACUGUUCUUCCAUGCCAGAUAAAGAGGAAGAAAGGAUGGGAAGAAUAUUAUAAAACACUUGGAAAUCUAAGCCGUUGUUUUGACUGUGAUCCUUCUGAGUUGACUUCAAUACGAGUGGUCAGAAGACGGCACAGAAAUUAUUUGGAUGAGAAGCAUUCAUAUCCAACUAUUGAGCUUAACUUUACAGUGCCAAAACCAAACAUCAAUGGAGAUUUCUAUCCUGGAUCCACCUUGUUAAAUAUGACAAGUGUUGGUGUAGGAGAGCAUCGUGAUGAUGAAAUGAAGAGUUUUGUUCGACUAUUUUUCUAUCCUAAACAUAUUCCACUUACAACAGACAAUGACAUUACUAAACAGAGAGUUCUUAGUUUUCCAUGUUUCAUGGGUUAUCACCAUGAGCCAUGUCCAUCUGACAACUACAAAGUAUACACACUUACCUUGAAAGCCUUCUCCCAGAAGAAAACAAGUCUUGAGGAAACACCAUACUCUGAACUGUCUUACAACAUCACGAUUUACAACUUUUAUGUGUAUCACCCACAACUAUGGAAGUCUACCAUUGCUGUUGCUUUCUUCCCCAAAGAGAAAGACGUCACAAUCCUCUUUGAUCCAGUACCCGAUUCUAUAACAGUAACAAUAUAUAACGUGUCCUUGUUUAGCAUUGAACAUAAUAAAACGUACAAAAAUAUUCUUACUGCACAUCAAAGACAUUGUUUUGAAGAUGUGGUGGAUGGGAAUUAUUAUGUAUUAAUAGAAGUCAUUACUACAGAUGCAAAAUGUUCAGAUAGUUGUAGAUUCACAAAGUCUUCCUUUUUCAAAGUUGGAAAUCCUAACAAGGGAAAGUUUUCAGCGGUCAGAAGAAAUGAUCACACUGAAAACACAGUACUGUCUGUCAUAGGGGGAGUGGUUGUGGGGGUUUUACUGUUGGUCAUUUUAUGCUACAUGUACUAUCGAUGGAGGAACAAUUUGUCCCCAAAAGACACAGAGAUGCAUGAUAAUCUAAAGAUGCUUUUGAUUUACUCCGAUAACAGAAAAGAAAACAUUACUUUAGCAACGGAAUUUGCUAAAUUUUGCAGAAUAAAGUUGCAAAUAGAAAUAAUUUACGAUAAACUGAAGGAUGAAAUGACCAAAAUAAAAGACGUAGGAUAUGCAUCAUGGUAUAUGGAAAAACUAGAGGACCUACCAGCUGCCAUAAUUUUGUGGACUCCUGGAUCUGAUACUAAAGCAGAAGAAGGCGCAAAAUAUAACGAGUUUAAUGUUGGUGUCACCUUUGCAUUAAAUUCAAAAAGAAACGACGAUAAAAGGAUAGCGUGUGUUUAUUUUGACAAGGCACACAAAGGGUCGAUUUCAAGUGAUAUACGAAAGGAAGUGCGUGUAUUUUGUAUUCCUAAAAAAUCUGGAGACUUAGCAGCUUAUCUUCAGGGACGUAAACAUUUAAGACUUGUAAAUAUUGACAAAGACUCCGGUCUAGAAAACGCCCUAUUAGCAAUAAAUACAAAUUUUAAUAAAUCUAAUGAUACAAUGUUAGUGACAUCUGAACAAAAAGAAAUAAUAGAAAAUGAGGAAACAAAUGUCUUAUCUGAGGAAGAAUUAGAUGAAGAAAUCUCAUUGUUGAAAAAAGAGAUUAUAAAAAACACUACAGAUCUUAGCAAUUCAAGCAAAAGUUCUACAUCCAAUGGAGAAAUUCCCAUUGUUAACCCUGAUUGCCCAAUACAUGGGGAACAUUCCAAAAUGCGAAGGGGAAAUACAUCUCACCAUCCGCAUACAGCCGCAGAUAGAUCAAGUUGUCUUAAAAAGCACCAUCAUAUAUUCCCUGUAGAGACAGAGCAUCAACAUUCUUGCCCUAGUAAAAUAAAUCAAAAAUAUUCUGACCAAUAUAUUGAUCCUUUUAAUAAUUCUGUGCAUUACAUAAUGAAGGACCCAUUACUAACUGAACAAAAAGGUGUUCCUUUUCAUUCAUAUUAUCCCAACAGAAUGGAAUCCUCUUUUCCCAAUUCUGCUCAGGAUCAAUUUGCUGCAAAUCAUGGUCAAGGAUACAAAAAUGAUUAUAUUCGACAUACACAUAAAAGCAAUGCACCCAUGUUACUAAGACAGCAUAGUGCUGGGGCAGAAUAUAGUAGUGCGUCAACAAGAAGGAAGGGUAAAGAAUAUAAGGAUUAUAAUCAAAGAAAAAGGGACAACCUAACGCCAUAUGACAGUGACUCAUAUGACGAAGAAAGUGAAAACACGCCACUAAAUCAUCCGAAAUUCUACUUGGAAGAAGAAGAAGACACCCAACCAUCCAAUCUUUGUUUGAAGACGUCAAAAAAGUCGUGUUCUCUAGACAGUAUAGAAUCCAAUGAUUCCAACUAUAGUAAAAGGAGCGACAGUAUAAGUAGUUAUGACCUAAAGAUGUCGCUUCAAAAAUUUAUAUGAUCAUUAAAAUGUUUCCAACAAGUCCGCGUCUUGAAAUAAGGUAUAUGAUAAACAAAUGUUUAAUUAUCUGGUGUGUAGACUUCUUCAAAAUUCAUGCUCUAGAACAUAAAUAUAUCAAAUGGAAUUUCUGUGUUGCAAUUAAAAAAAUG